UGCUCCGCGCGGGGCGCUUUCCCCCCGAGUCGGGGCCGCACGCGAGGGACCCGGUCACCGAACGGACCUGCACGACCUCUGCCUUCGUCAUUUCCUGCCGGCCCGCCGGUUUCCGGAUGGAACGAGGAGCCAGGAGGAGACAUCACAGCUUUCCCAGAUUGGGAGGAAAAAUAUGGAAUGUGUUUUCCCGCUGACUGAACACAACCAAAUGAACUGUACUGACAGUAUGAAAACCAGCAGUUAGCAGUUUGUUCAGGCUCUAACAUUGUCCAGCACUUUCCAGAGCAAACUCACUGUUUACAAGAACUCUCGGCCUUACGACGUUUAUCACCUCAAGCUUUGUUUAUUUAAACUAUUUCUGCAAAAGAAAAGUACCCAGAGCCCACUUUCCAAAAUGGCCAUGGACGAGUAUUUGUGGAUGGUCAUUUUGGGUUUUAUCAUAGCUUUUAUCUUGGCGUUUUCUGUUGGUGCAAAUGAUGUUGCCAAUUCAUUCGGUACUGCUGUGGGCUCUGGCGUAGUGACCUUGAGGCAGGCCUGCAUUUUGGCUUCAAUAUUUGAAACUACCGGUUCAGUGUUAUUGGGAGCCAAAGUAGGAGAAACUAUUCGAAAAGGUAUCAUUGAUGUGAACCUAUACAACGAGACAGUAGAAACACUCAUGGCUGGGGAAGUUAGUGCAAUGGUUGGUUCAGCUGUUUGGCAGCUGAUUGCAUCCUUCCUGAGACUUCCAAUUUCAGGAACUCAUUGCAUUGUUGGUUCUACUAUAGGAUUCUCACUUGUUGCGAUUGGUACACAAGGUGUGCAGUGGAUGGAACUCGUCAAGAUUGUUGCUUCUUGGUUUAUAUCUCCACUGUUGUCUGGUUUCAUGUCUGGCGUGCUGUUUGUACUGAUCAGAAUUUUCAUCUUAAAGAAGGAGGACCCUGUUCCCAAUGGCCUCCGGGCACUCCCAGUGUUCUAUGCUGCUACAAUAGCAAUAAACGUGUUUUCCAUCAUGUACACAGGAGCGCCAGUGCUUGGUCUGGUCCUUCCCAUAUGGGCAAUAGCACUCAUCUCGUUUGGUGUCGCGCUGCUGUUUGCCCUUUUUGUAUGGCUCUUUGUGUGUCCAUGGAUGCGGAGGAAAAUAGCAGGCAAAUUACAAAAAGAAGCUGCUUUAUCACGAGUGUCUGAUGAAAGCCUCAAUAAAAUUCAGGAAGUGGAGUCCCCAGUAUUUAAAGAGCUACCAGGUGCCAAGGCCAAUGAUGACAGCACCGUCCCUCUCACAGGGCUGGCUGAGGAGCCGGCUGGGACCUCGGAAGGCACAACAGUGGGAAACCACCCCCGGGCCUCCUACGGCCGGGCGCUGUCCAUGACCCACGGCUCCGCACGCUCGCCCAUCUCCAACGGCACCUUCGGCUUCGACGGGCACGCCAGGGGCGACGCGCACGUGUACCACACGGUCCACAAGGACUCGGGGCUCUACAAGGACUUGCUGCACAGGAUGCACGCGGACAGGGGCCCCGAGGAGAGGCCCACCCAGGAGAGCAGCGCCCGGCUGCUGCGCCGCAACAACAGCUACACCUGCUACACCGCCGCCAUCUGUGGGCUGCCCGUGCACGCCACCUUCAAGGCCGCCGAGUCGUCCUCGGCUGCAGAGGACAGCGAGAAGCUGGUGGGUGACGCCGUGUCCUACUCGAAGAAGAGGCUUCGCUACGACAGCUACUCGAGCUACUGCAACGCCGUAGCGGAGGCCGAGAUCGAGGCGGAUGAGGGAGGCGUGGAAAUGAAGCUGGCGUCCGAGCUGGCGGAUCCCGACCAGCCCCGAGAGGACCCUGCGGAGGACGAGAAGGAGGAGAAGGACACAGCCGAGGUCCACCUCCUGUUCCACUUCCUGCAGGUCCUCACCGCCUGCUUCGGGUCCUUCGCGCACGGUGGCAAUGAUGUAAGUAAUGCCAUUGGUCCCCUGGUGGCUUUGUGGCUGAUUUACGAGCAAGGCGCAGUCCUGCAAGAGGCAGUUACCCCUGUUUGGCUGCUGUUUUAUGGAGGAGUUGGCAUCUGUACAGGCCUGUGGGUCUGGGGCAGAAGAGUGAUCCAGACCAUGGGCAAGGACCUCACGCCCAUCACACCCUCCAGCGGCUUCACCAUCGAGCUGGCCUCUGCCUUCACAGUCGUGAUCGCCUCCAACGUCGGGCUUCCCGUCAGCACCACGCACUGCAAGGUGGGCUCAGUGGUGGCCGUGGGCUGGAUCCGCUCCCGGAAGGCUGUGGACUGGCGCCUCUUCCGGAACAUCUUCGUGGCCUGGUUUGUGACUGUGCCUGUGGCUGGGUUGUUCAGUGCUGCUAUCAUGGCUCUCCUCAUGUACGGGAUCCUUCCAUACGUGUGAUCUGUUGUCUUCCACCCAGUGCACAAGGGGUAGUCUGGUGAGGGGACGAGUGGGUGGCAUUGACACACGCCCUGCCCAUGCACGGGCUGCCUCCCCGCCAGCCUCUCCAUGUCCCUUUCAUAUGGUUCCAGGCCACACUGCUCACCUGCACUGUAGAGAGUCAUCCUCCAGAGCUAACUUAACUACUGUACAUAAUGAUGUGCAUUAAACUGGUAUUGUGGUGACAUAACGUGGUGCAGUUACUUAUAUGUUAAAUAUAUAUGUAUACAUAGCAUAGCUAGCAUUAUUUCAAACAUACUCAAAAUGGGAGUGGAGAUGUAUUGCCUAGAAUUCAAUAUUCAACAAAUCUUUGUACAUAAUGAUUUCAGUGGCAAAUCGUAAGAACCUUUUAAAAGGAGAGUAUAGAUUGGAAAGUGAUACUUUUCCCAUUGAACAUACUAGAACUGAGAAUUGGGAUGGAUGGUGCCCAUUUGGGAAGGUGUACGUCGUAGGUGUGCUCUUGAAUAAUAUGUGGCAGGAGUUCACAAGUGCUUUCACUGAGGAAUCUGUUCAUAAACUGUGUAUUGAUUAUGUAAUAUAUCAGAAUUGCUUCUGUAAAUACUUAAAGCUAUAAUUUUUUAAUGGCGUGCUUCCCUUACACUUUUUUGAUCAGAGAAUUUUUGGAAAGUACCAAAGAAGCAGGGGAAUAGUUUGCCAGUAUUAUAUUUUCAUAUCGUCUGUCUCCCCUUCUCAUUAACCCUGCCGCUAAUCUGUGCCACAGCGACACGGCCGGGUCCCUGAGCACCAGCGCCUGGUCACGGUGUGUCCCACUCUGGGGCCCGUGCGCCACGCCAGACACCGACAAGCCCUGUGUGGCCGUCCGUGGCCAUCUGUGCAGAGGAUGUACGUGCGUGACGUGUCAUCAGGCACCACAUAUCAAGUCCAGUUUAAAUUCUCACCCCUGUACUCCCCCAGCAGCCUGAAGAACAGAAUUCUUGUCUCAAACACUAAGGCGAGUGAUGGGACAGUCUAGGAAUUCAGGAGCAGGGAGAGUUGAAAUAUUAGACAAUACACUGGAUUUGAGGAUUUCCUUGAGGCCUUUACUAAGCUGAACAUCUUGAUGCUCUACUGUAGUCCCAUUGGAUUCUUUUUUGAUAGCGGGAGGAAGUAUGACUAAUGUUAGAGCCUGAAACUAUGGAAAUGCUGCUAAAAUUUUUAUAUUGACAAACGUUUUCUUGGUACUUCAUUGUGAUUUUUCAUUAAUCAACCAUAUUAAAUUUAUAAUAAAAAAUGCCCCUCAAAAGUU